ACCGUUCAAGUUGUGUGAAAUUCGGGCGAGGUGCGGUACACAAUGUGAAGAAAACAACAUUAAGAUGAUGUGUCCUAGAAUAACAUUAUCAUUCUAGUGUGAUGGUGAACUAGGGUGAUGGUGAAGCACUUGCUUUCGGGACCUUCCCCUGGCACCAGCUCUCAUAUUCAGUAGCGGUGCUUCUCUGACCCGCCCCACUUCUAACUGUCCUGUGCUUGUUAACAAGUAGAGAAGAGAAGGAAAAUCCCGCAAUGCAUCCUGUGGAAGCGGCAGAUCUUGCACUGCCUACACAAAACGGAGGAAACCCAAAAACUGCGUAUGAAGAGUUCGGGGUUGCGAGUUGGGAAGUGAUACCCAGAGCAGCGCAAGGUAUGCGGGGAGGGAGCCUGCUUCCAAACGAAGAGAGCAUUUAGACUGCGGUUUUCGGCUUCGGUUUGGCACAGAGAGUGCAGAUUCAAGCAGCAAACUCCAAACCAGCAGCGCUGUCCCGAAUGAGAGGGCAGAGGAAAUAUUCCCCCUUGCGACGCUGGGUGGGGGUGUUGGCCACGGACCGGCAGGUUCCAAUGCCCGCACCCGGUUUGCAGGCACAGGGAGACAAAAAAAAAAGCCUUGUGAGCUGCUCGGGAAGGGCGGCGGGGCGCGGGGUCGGGGUGCUCGGGGGCUUUCAGACCCCCUUAGCCCGGGAUUCCUGACAAACACCGCUCUGCCUCGGACGCUGCUUAAAAAUGCUGGGAACCACGGAGGACGGUGGAUGGCUUUUCUGGAGAGUAAUGGCUUGUGUGAGACCGAGCAGAGGCAGCAAGAGGCAAGUGAUCUUGUUUAUUCUGUGCGUUUGUGUGUGUCAGAACGGGGCUGAAACCCUCCGCUAUUCUCUGGCGGAGGAAAUGGAGAGGGACUCCUUUGUCUCCAAUAUUGCAAACGACCUGGGCGUUGCUCCGAGCCAGCUCGCAGCUCGUAAGGCCCGCAUUGUGUCCGAGGGGAACGAGCAGCUUUUCCGCCUCAAUCAAAACACCGGAGUCCUGACUGUAAAGGAGUCGCUGGACCGAGAGGAGAUCUGUCCGCAGAGUGAUACCUGCACACUCUUCUUUAAGAUAUUCUUUGAAAAUCCAUUGCAGCUGAUCCGAGGGGAGGUGGAGGUUCGUGACGUGAAUGACAACUCCCCCGUGUUCCCAGAGAAGGAGAUGGUUUUAGAGAUUCUGGAAACGGCACCUCCUGGGUCCCGUUUUCCUCUGGAAAGUGCCCAGGACAAGGACGUGGGCAGUAACAGUUUGCAGAACUACAGCCUUGGAGCCAACUCGCAUUUCUCCCUCGAUCUCAGAACAAAGAAAGGUGGAGCAAAAUAUGCAGAGCUCAUCCUAGAGCAGCAGCUGGACCGUGAAGAGCAGCCGGAGCUGAAUUUGUUCCUCAUUGCCACCGACGGGGGCUCACCACCCAGGUCGGGUACGGCUCAGGUCCGGAUCGUGGUCAUGGAUGCCAAUGACAACACCCCAGUCUUUGGUCGGGAGAUCUACGAGGUGCGCCUGGCUGAGAACAGCCCCCGGGAGCAGCUGGUGGUCAGAGUUGCGGCUGUGGAUCCUGACGAAGGGUCCAACGGGAAAGUGCGGUACACCUUCACCCAGACAUCAGAGAGGUCCCGGCAGCUGUUCAAGCUGAACCCUGCCAGUGGGGAGAUACGGGUUGUGGGCAACCUGGACUUUGAGGAAGCAAAAAGCCAUGAGAUGAUGGUGAAAGCCACCGACAGCGGGGGGCUGUCUGCACAUUGCAAAGUGCAGGUGGAGGUCCUGGACGUGAAUGACAAUGCCCCGGAGAUAGUGCUCACCUCCCUCACUGCCUCCAUUCCCGAGGACGCCCAGCCCCGCACUGUGGUGGCCCUGUUCAGUGUGCGGGACCGGGACUCUGGGGACAACGGCAGGAUGGAGUGCUCGAUCGACAGGGACUUGCCCUUCAGUCUUAGCCCCACUUUCGAUAAUUACUAUGAGCUGAGGACUAAUGUGGCGCUGGACAGGGAGAGGAUGGCAGAGUACAACAUCACCAUCACAGCCAUGGACUGGGGCACAACGCGGCUCAGCUCUCAGGAAAGCAUCUUUGUGCAGGUAUCAGACGUGAAUGACAAUCCCCCACAGUUCACUCAGGAGGUUUACACCAUGUCGGUCACAGAGAACAACAGCCCCAUGCUGCGGAUUGGCAGUGUGAACGCCACGGACACUGACGCAGGGAAAAACGCCCACGUAAACUACACGCUGGUGAGGCAGGAGGGCAAGGAGCAGCCCGACGUGUCGGUCAACUCUGAAAGCGGGGAUGUUUACAUCCUCCACCCGCUGGACUAUGAGGAGGUGCGUGCCUUCGAGGUGGAGGUGCGUGCUGCUGACGGUGGCUCGCCGCCACUCAGCACACGGGCGGUGCUACGCGUGGUGGUGCGGGAUGAGAACGACAAUGCACCCGUCGUGCUGCACCCGCCCCCUGACAGCAGCGCGGUGGCAGGCGAGUUGGUGCCACGCUGGGCGCGUGUGGGCUACCUGGUGGCCAAGGUAGUGGCGGUGGACGCAGAUGCAGGGCAGAAUGCGUGGCUGUCAUAUGAGUUGGCCAAGGUGACGGAGCCAGGGCUGUUCCACGUGGGGCUGCACAGUGGCGAGGUGCGGACAGUGCGGGCCAUGGCAGAGCGUGACGCGCCCCGGCAGAGGCUUGUUGUGCUGGUGCGAGACCAUGGGCAGCCGCCGCGCUCCACCACCACCACCCUCAGCAUUGCACUGGUGGACGGCUUCUCCGACGCCCAUUUGCGGUUGAGCGAGGAGGCAUCGGCUGCUGAUCCCGAUGGGCUGCUCACCCUGUACCUCAUUGCCUGCCUGGCCUGCAUUUCAGCAGUGUUCCUGGCCACUGCGGUGGCCGUCGUGGUGGUGAAGGUGUGGCGGGCCAGGCGGAGUGAGGCGGAGACCUUGCCCAAUUUCCCGAAGGCUGCCACGGAGAGCACCCCAGGCUCCCUGCCCCGCAGCUACAUGUACGAUGUUUGCUUCACCGCUGGGACCAUCAACAGGCAGAGCUCCCCCCUCCGAAGACAUGGGUCUCAGACCUGCGGAAGCAGCUUGCACUGCAAACAUGGGGAUGGAGCUAAAUGUCAAUUCUCAUCAAAACCCUUGGCUCACUCCCCAGUAAGUGAGGAGAAAGAUAAGCAUGUCUGUCCUCACUGGCUAACAUCCUCACAGGGAAAAGAGAAUGAAAAGACAAAACACCCACCAAAAAAUUACCAGGGAGGUACAAGGCUUCUCUGUGAGAGAGCAAAACCACUGUCCUCUUGAGCCAUACUUUAUUCAUGUAGCUAUUUUGUAAUUGUGAUGUGGAUGGAGGAGGAGCACUGUGUUGCAUGUUGAUUACACUGAGACUUGAUGUAUGAUUGUGAGUGCUACUGUUUCUGAAUCUUAAGGGAAAUACUGAAAACCGGAAGCAGAUCUUCAAGAUAACUUUUUCCUACAUCACCUUUUCUGUGGUUUUUUUUUGGGGGGGGUGGUGGUGGUUGGUUUUUUUCUUAUGGAGAGGGCUCUGUAAUAAUGUCUUAAUUUUCUGCAGCCCAUUCAAUACCAGGCCAAACAGAUAUUAAGCAAAAUGAAGUCGUUCCUGCAAAGUAAUUCCUUAAUAACAAGCAGAAGCUGAUUACAUUAGAAAUGGCUGACACUGGCACAUUUCACAUAUUUGACCGGGAAUUUACAGGUUCUCCAUACUGUAAAGAGUGGGCUUUGAGAAAUGUAUUAUUAUUUUUUUUCAUAACACAAAGUUGAAAUGAACGUUUCGAGAUUUUUUGAGUGUAAGGUCAUAGACAAUUAAAAGUACUCUUUGUGGUUUUACAGUAAAAUAGGCUAAAACUUUUACAAUAAACUUAAGGCACUGUAGAAGAUAGCGUGUCAAGAAGCUUUCUGUUUUCUUUUAUUUUCAUUAUUCGGUAAUCUAUAAAGUAAUGUGAUAUUUCUUGUCGCUCACACAUUUUUAAGAGUCAAACACCUCAUGACAGAAAACAAUAAAACCUCCUUGGAACUCC